UCACCUUUCCCUCCCUCGCUUUCCUCUUCCCUCUUCCCUCUUUCCUCCUCCCUCUCAUCCUUUGUAGCAGACCUUCUUCUUCUUCUUCUUUUUCGUCUACUUCUCAGCCUCCACUGUCAGAUCGCGAAGAUGCGUGAGAUUCUGCAUAUUCAGGGAGGGCAGUGCGGUAACCAGAUCGGUGCCAAGUUUUGGGAAGUUGUGUGCGCAGAGCAUGGGAUCGACGCGACAGGGAGAUACCAUGGAGACUCUGAUCUGCAGCUCGAGAGAGUAAAUGUGUAUUACAAUGAGGCGAGCUGUGGGCGUUUUGUUCCUCGUGCAGUUCUGAUGGACCUAGAGCCCGGGACGAUGGACAGCCUCAGAUCAGGACCUUACGGUCAGAUCUUCAGGCCUGAUAACUUCGUCUUCGGACAGUCAGGUGCCGGAAAUAAUUGGGCGAAGGGACACUACACGGAGGGUGCAGAGCUUAUUGAUUCGGUUCUCGAUGUUGUAAGAAAGGAAGCCGAGAACUGUGACUGCUUGCAAGGGUUUCAGGUUUGCCAUUCUUUGGGAGGUGGUACUGGCUCAGGCAUGGGGACACUUCUUAUUUCGAAGAUCAGGGAGGAAUAUCCUGAUAGAAUGAUGCUUACAUUCUCUGUCUUUCCCUCUCCCAAGGUGUCUGAUACAGUUGUAGAACCCUACAACGCGACCCUGUCUGUGCAUCAGCUCGUUGAGAACGCCGAUGAGUGUAUGGUCCUGGACAAUGAAGCCCUCUAUGACAUAUGCUUCCGAACACUGAAGCUCACUACUCCAAGCUUUGGAGAUUUGAACCAUCUUAUUUCUGCAACUAUGAGUGGAGUCACUUGCUGUCUUCGCUUCCCUGGUCAACUGAACUCUGAUCUUCGCAAGCUGGCAGUCAACCUCAUUCCAUUCCCUCGGCUUCACUUCUUCAUGGUUGGUUUUGCUCCACUCACCUCUCGUGGAUCCCAGCAGUAUCGGGCCCUCACCGUCCCUGAGCUCACCCAACAAAUGUGGGAUGCCAAGAAUAUGAUGUGCGCUGCUGAUCCCCGUCAUGGGCGAUAUCUAACUGCUUCUGCUAUGUUCCGUGGCAAGAUGAGCACCAAGGAAGUAGACGAACAGAUGAUCAAUGUCCAGAACAAGAACUCUUCCUACUUUGUUGAGUGGAUUCCCAACAAUGUCAAGUCCACUGUUUGUGACAUUCCCCCAACGGGUCUCAAGAUGGCCUCGACCUUCAUUGGAAAUUCCACGUCAAUCCAGGAGAUGUUCCGGAGGGUCAGUGAGCAGUUCACUGCUAUGUUUCGUAGGAAGGCCUUCUUGCAUUGGUACACUGGUGAGGGAAUGGACGAGAUGGAAUUCACAGAGGCAGAGAGUAACAUGAACGAUUUGGUUUCUGAGUAUCAGCAAUACCAGGAUGCAACAGCAGAUGAAGAGUUGGAUGAGUAUGAAGAUGAAGAGGAACUUCAGGAAGCCUAAGAGAAAGGAAAACGUUGUGAUUUGCGGUUAUUGGGAUGGAUGGAUAUUUGUGAAGCUCACUCUGCUUGCAUCUUGUGGUGGGAUUUAGUUUUUGUUCUUUGAAUUUUGCUGAUGUGGGGAUUGGUUUUGCUUGCAAUAUCCUGUUGCCUAUUAUAGGGUUGUAUUCUUCUUACCGUCAUUUUCUCUGUUCUUUCAAAAUUCUAGUUUACAAGUUGAACCGUGAUAUUAGAUAAAACAUUUCAAAUUU